CGAACGCAUGCUGCAUGCCAAUGAUUUGAAUCGAGAUUGCGGCAUGGCAGUUGAAGCGGAUGACAACUAUGACAUUCUGAUCGUUGGAGGAGGCCUGGCUGGGUUAAGCUGUGCGGUAUCUCUCCUGAGCGGGACCGGCGCGGCGAACAGGGCCCGCGAAGCGCCUUCUGUGGCUUUGCUGGAGUGGCAAGAGCGCUUGGGAGGGAGGCUCUACACCUGCCAGGUCGGUGAUCUUGAGGCGGAUGCAGGUGCUGCCUGGGUUCAUGGAGUGGAUGGCAACCCUUUGAUCGAAGAUGGCUGGAUCACAUCUGAGGACCUUGUGGCCAGCAGCGCUCAGAACAUUUGGCUGCACGGCCCUGCAGAGUCCGACAGCUGUAGCUUUGGGCGGACGGAGGCAGACGAGGGCUGGGAGACCCGUUUGGCAGCUGUGGGACGUUCCGCUGCAGCUGCAUCUGCCUUGGGCCGGUCCCUCGAGGAUGGUCUACAGGAAAGCGAAGCAGAACUGGGACCCAUGAAUGACGGGGAGCGGCAAAGGCUUCGGAUGCUGGAAGGCUGGUUUGGCAUCUCCGCCGACCGGAUUGGUCUCCUUGAAUGGGAUGGAGAUCAUGGCUCCAUGGGCGAUUACCCCGGUGCGCACUGCAUCCUCAAAGGUGGGACACGGAUCUUGGUGGAGCGCAUGGAGAAAGAAGCCCGACUACGCGGCCUCAAGGUCUUUCUUGGCCACGAAGUCCUGGAAUUGGAGGAGCUCGAAGAUGGCGUGCUGUGUCGAUGCCAUGAUCGAUGCUUCCGUGCCGCCUGGGUGGUCGUCACCGUGUCUUUAGGAGUCUUGCAAUCUCGUGGCCCUCGGUGGCUUUCUUUGCCUGAGAGACCUUUGCAACGACUGGACAUGUGCCACUACAACAAGCUGUUGCUGAGAGUCUCUGAGGCAGCUGCGGAGCGCUUCCCGGUUUUUACUCACUUGGACUCCAAGUACUUUUGGCAGCUUUUCAACUACUGGCCAUUGACCAGAAAGCCCCUUUUAUCUUUGGCCUCACUGGCACUGGAGAGCGAAGAGCUCACGGAGCUGGAAGCAAGAGAGAUGGCAUGCGAGCUGCUGCACUUGGAGCCGCAUGAGAUUUCUGCAAUGCAUUUUACGCGCUGGGGGCAGAUUCCCUGGUGCCACGGCUCCUACUCGGUCAGCAGCAAGCAUGCUGAAUGGGAUGACAUUCGGGCUUUGCUGGCUGCCACGGAAGGACGACGCAUCAAACUUGCAGGAGAACACACGCAUGAGGAACACCAAGGCGGCUUUCAUGCAGCCUACCUCUCUGGGCUUCGAGCAGCGCAGGAGGUCCUGCGAGGAGUUUGGAUUUGUUGAUUUGCAGUGUUGACUCAUCUUGACUCCCACGUUUGGCUGUGGGCGCCUGUAGCUCCUCCGAUUCUCAUCUCUCAUCUCCUUUAGGAAUGGACGUCGAUGAAGCGGCGAUGAAA